UCCCAUCCAACGGCCUCAGUGAACUCCUGGGUCAUUUUUUUCUCCACUGCUCUCCAGUCUCUCCGUCCCUCUCUAGCUCCCCAGCUUUCCCUUUCAGUGCGCUCUCGCCUCGCCCGCUUCCAUGGCUUCCUCCACCUUGAAUCGCUGGGUGAGGCCCGAGGUGCUCCCUCUCUUUGCUGCGGUCGGUGUAGCGGUGGGGAUCUGCGGAUUCCAGCUUGUUCGCAACAUAUGCAUCAACCCGGAAGUGAGGGUUAACAAGGAAGGAAGAACUGCUGGAGUUCUGGAGAACUAUGCCGAAGGAGAAAGAUACGCAGAGCAUGGUCUUCGUAAACUUGUGCGCAAAAGGGCCCCUGAGAUCAUGCCCAAACUUAACAGUUUCUUCACUAAUCCAUCCAAAUGAGGUAUGCCAGAGAAAGCAGCUUGGAAUGUCAAUAAAACUCUAGUUAUGCAAACUUGAUGCUUGUUGUUGUGGCUUUGAAGGCUAUGGUUGUGUCAUCUAUCUAUCUUUCCUUAGUUGUCCGCAAGCACUGUGUAUUUUCACAUGGUUCUUCAGAACUUCUUGGAUCUUAGCAUCAAUCUUGUACUUAAUGGUCCGAAGUUUAUCUUUUGAUUUA